AUGGGGAGAGUGGUGACCUUUUUCUCGGACCGCAAUCAAGGUUUGUUAAAUGCAAUGGGGUUUGUGUUUUCCGGAUGGCCUCAUUCUUACUGUUAUUAUUACCUCAAACAGAAUUUGAUAUCAAAGUACCCGAAGUCAGGUUAUGAGAAACUGCUCCAAGACCGUGUUAUCAAUUUAUUUAGUAGAUGCGCAUAUGCUGUUACGGAGGAAGAGUUUAAGGUAGCAAUGGAGGAGUUGGUGAUUGUUGGGAGUUCGAAAGUGAAGGCAUUUAUAUCUGAUUUGUUUAGAGAUCACUAUGCUAACGCAUUUUUCAAAGGAAUGCGUUAUGGGGAGAUGGCAAGCAGUUUAGCGGAGUCCUUUAAUAAUUGGGUUGGUGUGUUUCCAGAUUUGCCGGUGCUACCUUUGAUAGAAGGGAUUCGACAGAAAUUGAUGGUAUUGAAUUCUCAACGACUAAUUGAAGCGGAGAAGUGGACAACAGUUUUGUGUCCGGAGAUGGAAACUAGACUCUGUGAAAAUGCGGAGGCCGGUAGGACUUGGGCAGUUCGUUGUUCUAAUUGCACUGUUUUUGAAGUAUUUGCUAAUUAUUCUGUGAUGGUUGAUAUCGAGCAAAUGACUUGUUCUUGCCGUCUUUGGCAAAUUGACGGUUUUCUUUGCACACAUGCGGUGGCUGCAAUCCUAGCAAAGAGAGAUUCAGUUUAUGAUUACGUGGAGUGUUACUACAAAACCGACUUCUUUCGAAAGCCUAUGAGAGUCCUAUUUUUCCUAUUCCAGAUAUUGGGAAAGGAUUGGGCAGCAAUGGUUCUGCAGCUGGAGUUGUGCUUCCGCCAAUUACAAAGAGGCCAGCCGGAAGACCACCAAUAA